CAUCCCUCCAGUUAAUUAAUGUUUAUUGGCAACUGCAACAUUUCACGCCCGAGUGAAGAGGCAGCGGCCUCGUGCGCCUUCUCUCCGUCAUGACGCUGCUUUCUAGCCCUCCCGAUGGCCUCAAGGAAGGAUACCGCGGGGGUACAGGCACCAAGGUGGCCAUGACAGUCAUCUUUUCCAUCGCCCUGUACAAUUCCCUGGAACUCAUCAUUCUUAUCUUGUUGACCUUCCGGCGCUACCGUGGUCUUUAUUUCUGGAGUAUCUUUCUGUCGACCGUUCUGGGGGUCGUACCUCAGGCCGUUGGGCUCAUCUUGAACUUCUACAACGUCGCUGUUAAAUGGGUGGGCAUCACCAUAUCCACUGUCGGCUGGUAUUUUAUGGUUCCUGGCCAGUCCUUCGUUCUUUAUUCACGCCUGCACCUGGUGCUGCAAGAUGCGAGGCUUCUCCGCUCCAUUUUGUGCCUCAUAACCGUCUCCACUGUCGUUAUGAUCGUUCCGGUUACCAGCUUGACCUACGCCACGGUCUAUGUCAACAGCAGUGCUGCAAAUACGGGGUUUAACGUCAUGGAACGGCUCCAGCUCACGUGGUUCAGUGUACAGGAAGGCUUUUUGUCGACACUCUACAUCUGGGAGACAAUCCGUCUGCUGCGGCUGGAUCCGCAAAAAGACAAUCGCCGGUCCCAGAUAAAGUACGAACUGAUUGCCGUCAAUGUGUCCUUCAUAAUUAUGGAUAUUGUCCUCAUAGUCAUGGAAUAUACCAACUGGUAUAUCAUCCAGACCACGUUGAAGACGGCCAUCUACAGUAUCAAACUGAAGUUGGAAUUUGCCGUCUUGAGCAGGCUCAUUUUAUACAUCAAUGUCUCACAAUCGGGAGAGAACUCUGGGGAUAGUUACUAUCCGGAUUUUGUGGACCCGUCCCAGUUCACGUCUGAUGUCACACAUGCGCCGCGAGUUGAGUCGAAUACAUUACGACCGCGUCGAACCCUCGAGGACCUUUCUUCGUUCUCUUUACCUUUUCCGACACCAGUUUCUGGCCGCUCGUUCGAUGCCCUGAGACGCCCUGGCACAUAAGACACUGGAUCUGGUGUUGCGUUGAAAAGAAUUCGCCUACUCAGAAUAUCCGGGGUGGUCGCUGCUGUCCCCGGUGACACUCACUCUUCAACAAGUUCAGCCGAGAAAUGCCAAGGACCUGCGCUUUGUGUCCAUGAGUAUGGACAGGAGUAGUACUGUGGCUUCUGGUAUACAGAAGCUUGAUAUCUGGCAUUCCAUUUCAAAGGACCGGGGUUGAUGACAUCAACUCUCUUUCCCCAUCCCGAGCAAGUUCCAGUCAAACGAUCCCAAGUGCACUGCCGAUGGGUCAUCCCGCACGGCGUUGAGAGUGCCUCGUGUCUGUAUCCAGAACCGGGACAAUGUGAAUCUGGGUCGAUUUCGGAUCACGGGAGGACCUGGAAGCUUCUGGUGCCAUCCGAGUAUAACCCCUGGGCAAAUGUACCUGGGGCGGAAACAAGGGGAGAUAUACAUAUACAAAACAUACUAUACAUGUGGCCAACGAAGAUAGGUAGCAAAUAGCAUAUAUUAGCAUCCAUCGCCGAACAAAGAUACCUUCAAAGUGUUUCAGAAGCAUUGUGCACCUGGAUACGCAGUUGACGAUCACCCUCUCAUUGUACGACUUAAGCAGCACACUUGUCAAGCCUGCCUGAACUGAAGCUGAACCACCUUUAGGGGGAAAGCAGUGUCUGAGAAAUAGAUAACGGGUUUGUAACCAGGCGUGAUAUGUCACUUCCACAAAAUACUCACUAUAUAUAGCGCUGUGAGGGGGAAGAGUCACGAACCCCUCUGAUCCAAAGGGUUAAUGGAAAGGGGAUUUGAAGAGAUGCAAUCCAAGCAGGACGGCCCCUAUAACCAACAUACCUCCCACAACCAUCGCCAGAAGGAUCGUGCUGAAUACACCAGCCGUGAGCAAUAGCUCGACUCUGCUAUCCCGCGCAGUCAAAAUUAUACAUACGAAUUUGAUACACUGAUCAGGCUGCACGUCAACCUGACCAGCAUGGCAAAGUAACCUGGGGAACAGCCACUCUCCGACAAUUGUCCUUUGCCUGCAGUAAAUGCAAGUCCUCAAGAUCUACACGUCACGUGUAGGGUGGCAUGGCUGCUGUCUCCAUUUCCCCGUAUGCACGGAUUUCCUG